ACUAACCAAGCCACUAGUUAUGUCGAGAGCUUGGUGCGUGAGAUUGAGCAAUUGAAAGCUCGAAAUCUACAACUUGCCCUUGUCCCUGAGCCGACUGCUCAACCAAACAAUUCUGUGGUCGACUUUGACCAACACCUUCAAACUACUGAUGAGCCGUCCCACAACCCCGUACUGGGUGAAAAACCCUGGUUUCUACCUAUUGAUUCCUGCAAAGUACCUAUUUACAUAGGAGAAGUUGCUGAUACUGUAUUUGCGACCCGUUUGCGGCAACUUAUCACAGGUAAAACUCUAAGUCAUAUGCCUCGUAUCGCAUACCCUGGUCAUGAUCAGAUCUUAGAGCUUGCGAAGACUGAAAUCCCUCGGCCUGGAGCAUCCCACGCUCGAUUUCUUCUCCGAGUUGCUUUGAAAUGCCUAGCGGGAUCAUUUCAUAUCGUUCGCAAAAGCCUGGUUUGUGACCUGUUAGAGCAAUUUCUCCAAGCAUCUCAAUCACUUGAUUCACUUUCGACAUGCAAGAUUCUUGCGCUUCUUGCUCUAGGGGAGCUUCACUCUAGCCGUUUCCAAAAUCAGGAAACACAGGUACCUGGUCUUGUGUACUAUAGUCAUGCUAGUCGAGCUCAUGGGCUACUCGAAGAACGGCCUUGCGUUGACUCGAUCGAAAUUUCAUUGAUCCUGUGUCUAUACGCUCUUUGUAUCAAUAGACGUCAUUCAGCUUACUUUUUAGCAAGCUCCGCCGUUCGCCGUGGCGUCGUCAUGGGGCUGAAUUUCGACUUUCCUAAUACUCAUAUGAAUGACCCUGAGCUGAAAGAGCACCUCAAACGUGUUUGGUGGGCUUCAUAUGUGCUGGACCAUUUAUGCGCAUCUAUCAGCAGCCAACUAGUGUCGAUUUCGGACAAAGAUAUCUUCGUCGAUCUCUCAUUGAGCACAAACGUUGCCGGCCAACCGCAGGGCGAUUUUCCACAUACGGAGUGGAUAAUUGCAAGGGUCGAUCUAGCAAGGCUCGCCAGGAGAACCAUAGAGUCCGUCUACGGGCGCGGGCAACAAAAAGUAUCAUUUUUGCAACGGGUGCAAUAUUCACUUCGGGACCUCAAGCAAUGGUUAAAUGAUUUGCCAGAAGACAUGCAAAUGGGCGCAGAAUCUUCACAUUUGAAACCGCAGCCAAUUCAGUCUCUGCACCUUCAUUUCAACCAGUCCGUUAUUCUUGCGACCCGUCCCAUUUUACUUCACAAAUUGCACAUGCACAAAGACUCGAAUGGGAAUACCCCAGCUAGUGUAGAUCAAGCAAUCUCAAUCAACGUUGAAACCCUGGCAGAAGCAUGCAUUAGGUGCGCUCGGCACUCAUAUUCUACCAUUGUCGAAUCCUGGAUUGAAGGAAACUUUGGAACAUUUGACUAUUUCAACACCCAGCACCUCUUUUCUGCGGCUACCGUUCUGGCUAUCUCUUGCCUCAUUGGUGGUCCUGGCAGCUCCAAGGACCGUGAGGACUUUGAAUUCGCGGGUGAACUCCUCGAAAGGCUGCGCGACUCCGGAAGUUUUGCUGCCAUGGAAUUCUGUCGUCACUUUGAUGAGCUAAAGGCAGAUAUUCGCUCAUUUUGGUCUGGCUUACCAACGACAGAAGCGCAAAGCUUUGAACCUAACAUCACAAGCACCACUGCCUACCCGAAUCAAGCGCAGCCCUUCCUGCAGCCGGGAAAUUCAAUGACCUCAGGUAUGGCAUUAGCAGAGCCAUCUGUUGAGGCAUUUCUCCAAAGCGAACAGAGCCUGGCUCAGCUGGAUGUCUUCUGGGAUCAUACUGGACAGGCAGGGCUAUAUUGGCCAGUAGGGGAUUUGGUUUGA